AUGGCCGAGUCGGAGCUGCUUGGGCUCGCGGGGCUGCGCUCCGUGGCCGUGCAGUCCACCCACAUCCACCGCGUGCAGCUGCUGAGCCCGCCCGUGCCCACCGCCAAGCCGCGCGCCGCCGAGCCGAGUCUGCGCGUGCGUCUGCAGCGCCAGUGGCGCGCGAACGCGUGGCUGCUGCUGACACUGGGCUUCCUGUGCUGCCUCGGCCGCCUGCGCGCCGACGCCGCCGCCGCCACCGCCGGACCCAAGAGCAGAGACGACGACAAUGCAGUGGCCUCCUCGUCCAGCGGCGACCUGUACAUCGUGCUCGUGAGCAUCCCCGUGCUGGACAAGAUGCUGCCGCUCAAGCACCUGGCCGAGACGCUGCUGUCCCGCGGCGUGCGCGUGGGCUUCGCGCUGCCCGAGAACUGCCGCCAAUGGGUGAGCGACCUGGAGGGGCUCGAGUUCAUCUCGCUCGGCAAUAUCGUGGGCAAGGGUCGCGCCACGGCGCUGGACCCGACGGAGCUGCAGACGCUCGGCGUCUACGAGAGCUACGCCAGCACGCUGCGAUACUACGCGUCGUUCCAGCGGCCCAUGUUCGGGCCGCUGCUGGAGGACCUGGAGGACGACCGCCCGGACCUCGUGGUCGUCGACAGAUACACCUUCGCGGGCUUCGACGCCUGCCAUCGACUGCAACUGCCCUACGUGGUGAACGACCCGCACCUGCUCUUCGACAUAGACUCGCCGCCCGCCUACAUCCCGGCGCCGUUCUCCAACUUUACCAUGCACACGACGAGUGUGCUGGAGCGGUGUCUGAAUAGUUACUACCGCCUGCGCUUCCGCCUGGGGCUGGUUCAUGUGUAUAAGGAGAUCAACGCCGUGCGAGGGGAGCAUGGACUCGAGCCCAUCGACAGCAAGCACCAGAUGCACGGCCACGCGCUCGUGCUGGCGAACUCGGUCUUCGGGCUGGACGAGGCGCGCCCCAUGACGCCUCAGUUCAAGAUGGUGGGCUUGCUGCAGUCGCAGAAGCUGCAGCUCGAGCGCGCAGCAUACGAAGACAGCCCUGCUGCUGCACGUAGCAGCCUCCCAGCGGCGCUGACCACGUGGCUGGAGGCACCUGAGCAUCGCGACAAGCCGCUGGUGUUUAUUAGUUUUCAAACGGACGUGCUGUUGACCCCAGAGUUCAUCACAACUAUUAUGAACGCGCUGGAGACUGUGGAUGUCCGCCUCCUGUGGAAGAUAACGCUGCAAGAACAAACAGCAUUCGAUUUGCGCUCGCGUCCCCGAGACUCGGUGUUAUUUCUCGGCGACGGAGUGGACGACGCAGCAGUGCUCGCGUUGGCGCCCGAGAUCGAGCUGCUGAUCACUGCCGGGGAUUUCCAGAGUAUGCACGAGGCUCUUGUCGUGGGGGUGCCCAUCUUGGGGCUCCCGCACUCAGCCGAGCAGAUUGAAGGAUUAAAUGCCGUCGUACGAGCAGGCGCCGGCCUCCGACUGGAUGACAAAUCGCUCUCUGAGGGCAGCCUGCGCGUGGCAGUGGAUCGAAUGCUGGUGGACGAGCGUGAGCGCUUUAAAGCAAAUGCCGAGCACCUUGGGGAGUUGGUGAAGACUGGCGGUGGAGUGGAGCGUGCAGCGGACGAGCUGCUGGCUGUUGCGGAGUUCGGAGCCCGUCACCUGCUGCCCAUGCGCAACCUGCAGCCCCUGUACAAGACGUACCUCGUGGACGUGUACCUCAUCUACGGAGCCAUCCUCUGCGGCGCGGCCAUCAUCCUGCGCACGUUCGUGUCGGUCGUGCUGUCCGUGUUCCAGCCGCUGACCCCGCUCGAGGUGCUCGAGGCGGAGGAGCUGGCCGCGAACGACCUUGUGAGCCGAGCCGGCGAGGUGGGCCAUAAAGCGGUCCAAUAA